UCAGCUUCCCGCCGCAUCGGCCUCUCUUGUGCCAACUGCCACACGACGACAACCACGCUCUGGCGCAGAAACGCUGAGGGAGAGCCCGUCUGCAAUGCCUGCGGACUCUACAUGAAGCUCCACGGGGUUCCAAGGCCUUUAGCAAUGAGAAAAGAGGGCAUUCAGACAAGGAAGCGCAAGCCAAAGAACCUUAACAAAACAAAGACACCAGCAGGUCCAUCCAGCAGCGAGAGUCUUACCCCGACCACCAGCUCCACCAGCAGCAGCAGCAGCAGUGCCACGACCACGGAGGAAAUGCGCCCCAUAAAAACAGAACCUGGGCUCUCAUCUCAUUACGGGCACCCCAGCCCGGUUUCUCAGGCAUUCUCAGUCUCUGCCAUGUCCGGACAUGGAUCAUCUAUUCACCCUGCGAUUUCAUCUCUGAAGCUUUCCCCGCAGGCUUACCAGUCAGCUGUCAGCCAGUCUCCACAAACCAGCUCCAAACAGGACACCUGGAACAGCCUGGUGUUAGCUGAAAACCAUGGGGACAUCAUAACUGCGUAAUCUGGUCUUCCACCCAUGAACUUCAGGCUGAUGCGCUUGAGAGAUAGAGAAGAUACCAUGUAAUCAUCAUCCCAAUGUUGUUUCCCACCUCCCCUGCUCUCCUGCCUUCUCUCCCCUUGUGAGAUGUUCCAGCAACGAGGUAAAGAGGACUUAUCUGAGGUGUAGCAGAGCUCUUAUGAAAUGAACAGAGAAGACUCAAACCUCAAAGUAGCUAAUGGAUUUGAAACUUUUUCUUUCCCCACUUUAAAUGAGCCUCUCUAUUUGAUUGUCACCACUUUCUAUAAAGUAGC